AGGCAAGGUGCAGCUGCGAACUCGCAACCGUGAGGCCUUUGCCCACCGCCUGGCUCCCGUGCGGGCGGACGAAGUAGGAGGGGGAGCAGGAGCAGGAGCGGCGACAGCAGGGGCAGCGGCAGGCAACAGCGGCGGCGGCGGCAACGGCGGCAGCAGCGAGCUGGAUGGCGUGACGGAGGAGGACAUGUUGGCGCUGUUCAGGUCCAUAGACGUGGACGGAUCGGGUGCCAUCGACGUGUCAGAGCUCCAGACGGCUUUCGAGCUGCUGGGCAUCAGCAAGAGCACGGAGGAGGUCACGGAGCUGCUGGACGGGGUGGACGAGGACGGAUCGGGCGAGCUGGAGUUCCCCGAGUUCAAGGCGGUCUUGCUCAAGGCAAUUCGUGGAGGCGGCGCCUCCAACGGACGCGGCGGCAUGAGCGAAUGGCACGAGGCAGUCGGAGGCGGGCACGGAGGUGGAGGUGGAGGUGGAGGUGGAGGAGUUAGGGGCAGCAGCAUGGGCAGCGGCUGUAGCUUCAGCCGGCGCGGCAGCAGCAGCGGCAGUGCCUCUGCCGGCCACAUGAUGUGGCAGCGGGAGAUGUCAACGGGCGCAGCGCUGGGGGAGGCUGCCAUGCUGGACCCUGACCCGCCGCCCCAGGACGGGGUGCUGAUGGCGCUGGUGGCCACGGACCUGCUGCUGCUGGAGCGAGCGGACUACGAACACAUCCUGGAAAACGGAUUCGAUGGAGAACUCAAGGCCAAGAUGGCACUGCUGCGGAGCUCCCCGGUGCUCGGAUCCGCGCUGCACCGUACCGACCUGCGCCGCCUGGCGUACGCCAUGGAGCGCCGUACGACACCCAUGCAUGCAGCGUUGUACGAACAAGGCCAACCGCCGGCCGCACUACACCUCAUCCUGGAGGGCAGCUGCAAGGUG